AUGAAUACGUCUGGAAAUAUCAAUCUAAAAUCUAGACCUUCAAAGCCAGACAAGGGUAGGCGUAGUUGGAGUCGCCAAGAAGAAGAGAUUCUGAUUGCAGCUUUGAAAGGGAUUGUCGCAAGUGGAUGGAAAUCUGAAAAUGGUUUUAAGAUGGGCUUUUUGAAUGUUCUUGAACAAGAGUUGGUUAAAGCAAUACCAGGUACUGAUUUGCGAGGUAUGCCACACAUAAACUCCAAAAUUCAUGUUUGGAAAAAGAUUAUGAUUGAUGGAAAUGCACGUCUGAUGCAUUGCAAAAGUUGGUCAUUUUAUUAUGACUGGAUUGAGAUAUUCGGGAAGGAUCGAGCGACGGGACAGCAGGUUGAGGACAUCUUUGAGGCGGUUAGCAACGUGAACUUGUCAGGAUCUGCUCGUCCAGAUAGUCAGCCAGAAGACAUGAAUGACAUAAACUACGGGACUCUUGAAGACUUCAACGACACAAUGUCGGAGAGUAACCCCCAAUCAUCUGCCGGGACUAAAAAAAGUACUGGUUGUAAGCGCAAGUCAUCUGAAUCUACUGAUCCAUUAUGUGAAAUUAUGAAAUCAUUCUCUGGAAACACAAGUACGAGGUUGAUGGAAAUUGCAACUCGGCUUGGGUACGAUUACGGCAUCUCGCGUGCUCGUAAGGAUGUGUUCUCUUUUGUUUGCGGGAUUGAAGGUCUGAACCUUCAGGAGCAGCUACUCGUUUCCAAAAUAUUGGUGAAAAACACAGAUGAAAUGGAUUUUUUUUAA